AUGCAGAGGGGCAAUCACACAGUGAGAGAGUUCAUCCUGGUGGGCCUCACAACAGACCCCAUGGUGCAGUUGAUUCUGUUUGUGGUAUUCCUUGGCGUGUAUUCUGUGACUGUAGUAGGAAAUACCACCUUUAUAAUGUUGAUCUGUAAUGACUCCCAGCUGUACACGCCCAUGUAUUUUUUCAUUGGGAAUCUGUCUUCUCUGGAUCUGUGGUAUUCCUCUGUCUACAUCCCGAAGAUCCUAGUCACCUGCAUCUCUGAAGACAAAAGCCUCUCCUUUGCUGGCUGUGCAUCUCAGUUCUUCUUCUCUGCUGGGCUGGCCUGCAGUGAGUGGUAUCUGUUGGCUGCCAUGGCUUAUGACCGUUAUAUGGCCAUCUCAAAGCCACUGCUUUAUUCUCAGGCUAUGUCCAUACAGCUAUGUGAAUUUUUAGUAGCAGCCUUAUACCUUGGUGGCUUUAUUAACUGUUCCAUCAUCAUCAAAAGAACUUUUGCCAUGGAAUUCUAUAGUGAUAAUAUCAUUGAUGACAUUUUCUGUGAUUUGCUUCCUCUGGCGAAACUGGCUUGCAGUGGGAAAGAUGGCUACCAGGUUGUGUUGUAUUUCCUCCUGGCCUCCAAUGUCAUUAAUCCCACUGUGUUCAUACUUGCCUCCUACCUCUUUAUCAUUGCCACCAUCUUGAGGAUCCGCUCCACCCAAGGCCGCCUCAAAGCAUUCUCUACAUGCUCCUCCCACUUGAUCUCUGUCACUUUGUACUAUGGUUCCAUUCUCUACAUCUAUUCUCUUCCCCGAGCUAGCUAUUCUUUUGAUAGGGACAAAAUAGUUUCUACAUUUUACACCGUGGUGUUCCCCGUGUUGAAUCCCAUGAUCUAUAGCUUGAGGAAUAAGGAUGUAAAAGAGGCUCUGAAUAAACUCUUCAAAUAA